CACCCUGUCGUGUGGUGAUGGUUUAAUAAAACGGUUCAAGUAAAACGGGCGUGUGCAAAGAAAAGAAAAAAAAAGAAUAAUAAUAAAAAUUAUAAAUAAAUUUUCGAAUCCUUAUAUCCUUAACGUGUUAUUUUAUGAAAAAUCUAUUAUACUAGUCAUUAUAAAUCAAUUGCAAACAUGUUACCAAAGAUUUUAUUAAUUUUUGCCACUGUUUUAGUUAUAGGCCAAGUAACUUGUGGUCAUCGUUUCGGUUACUCUGAACCAAAUCAAAGACGUUGGGCCCGUCAUCAUGGCCAUUGUGCGGGUAAAACACAAUCGCCCAUAGCGGUACAUUCAAGCAAGACCAUUCCUCUUCAUAUGCCUGCUGUGGAUAUGAUUGGUUAUCACAAUGUGCUGCCAUAUCCUUUGAAAAUGGUUAACAAUGGUCAUACGGUAUCCAUUGGCAUACCAAAACUAGCUGACGUGGCAAAGGAUAAUGGUGAAUUUAUGCCUUAUAUACGGGGUGCCAAGUUGCCGGGUGAAUUUGAGGUUGAAGGCAUUCACUUCCAUUGGGGUGAUAAAAAUAAUCGCGGUGCCGAGCAUGUUGUCAAUGACAUACGUUACACUAUGGAAAUGCAUAUUGUACAUCGCAAUAAGAAAUAUGCCUCAUUGACCGAAGCGCUGGAUUAUGCUGAUGGUGCGGCUGUAUUGGGUUUCUUUUUCAAUUUGGAUGAAGAUGAAGGCACUGGUCUUACAACAAUAUGUCGUCAUUUACACUUGAUACCGGAAGCGAAUAAUGAAGUUGCCUUUAAUGUCACAUUUUCUCUAUCAUCUCUAAUACAUGGUGUCGAUAUUGAUAAAUUCUAUACAUACAAAGGUUCCUUGACCACACCACCCUGUUCUGAGGCAGUUACCUGGGUUCUAUAUCCAGAUCCCAUACCCAUAUCACCCAAACAGAUCUCACGUUUCCGUCAACUGUCCGACAACCAAGAAGGUGCUCUAGUCGAUAACUAUCGCCAGUUACAACCAUUGGGCAAUCGUCGUGUUUUCAUGCGCAAUGGCAAUACUCAACACACUCAAAUCGCUAGAUUGACAUCUGAAGUUGAUUACAAGAAAUGGGAUUGGUUCCAAUGAUUUCACUUAAUUAAAGUUACAUAAAUUGAAAAUAUUGCAAUUAUAAGUUCAUAUUUUGUUUGUAAAAUAUUUCAUUUUUUUUUUAUUUUAAGUUUUCUGUUCCUCAUUCUCUAUUUCUCUCUCUAACAGUUGUACUUAAUUUUAUUUUAAGUUUUCCUAAGCAGAAAAAAAAACAAAAAUCAAAUCAAUUUGUUAUAAUAUUAAUUAUUUAUGCAUUUAUUUAAAUUUCUAUCAAUAUUUACUAUGGUUGAAUAUUUAAUUUAGUUUGUUGAUAUUUCAAUUUUGUGAAAUGUUUUUAAAUAAAUUAUUUAGUAAUGCAUAAUUUUAAUUACA